ACUGGCGCUGAUACACUAAUUAUCGAUACCGUAGCGCAUUGGCGCCAGUAACGCCAAUAACGAGCUUGCGCACACUGAACGCAAAGAAGCAAGAACGAUAGAAUACGAAGAUUGCGCCGAUAGGGUUGCAAAAUUGUUUUCGUAUGCGCAUCUAAAAAAGGUAAACAAAGAAGAUGGGGAAGAAGAAAGAGUUGACAAUUUGAAAACAAUGCCAACAAUUCGUCAAUAUGCGUAAAAGAUUUAAGAUGGAGAAUCCAAAGCAGCAGCUUAUUGUAGAAAACGCUAUAAAAGAUAUGGAUCCACGACUCAAUAGAGAUCCUGGUGAAGCGCGUACAUUCGUUCCUGGAUCGACAUGGUUUUAUUAACUUUGGCAUUUUUAAACGUUUACGCCCCAUACCUACUAAGAAGUUGGGCAAAGUUAUAGUAAUUGGAGCAGGCAUCUCAGGGUUAGCGGCUGCCCAACAGCUACAGCAAUUCGGUAUAGGUGUCAUUGUAUUAUUGUACUUUUCACAAGAGCAAUUAUAUUGCUGAUUUAGGCGCUAUGGUAAUAACAGAUGUUUGGGGCAAUCCAAUGACUAUACUAAGCAAACAAAUUGGAAUGAAGAGAGUGCACGUUAGGCUAGCAUGUCCGCUAUAUGGAGCUUGUGGAAAACCUGUGCCCAAGCAUAAGGACGAUAAGGUGGAACGUGAAUUCAGUCGACUUCUUGAGUCCGCCAGUUAUCGGUCUCAUCAGCUAGACUUUAUCUACGCCUACGAUUACCUAUACAUACAGCUAUACAGCUUAAUUAACUAAUUUUAAAUAUUCUAGUUUAGUAGU